GUGUAAUUCUUAUGGUGUGACUAACACAUUUACAUUUUAUGCGUACAUGAACGUAUGAUGUAUAGUUCUUAUCGAUGCAUGUAGGCUAUGGCACAUAAAUCAUGUCAUAAAAAUAUAUAAAGACGUCAUCCUAUCAAUCUAUUCUCUGCGCGACAAUAUUUCGACGGUAUAUUGGUGAUGCCUGAAAGAGAAAGCUCGGGAAAUGUAGACUUCCUGGAUCAGUAGCCAAUCAUAUUAAGAGAAGAGGAAGGCGUCACUAAAAAAAACGUCCAAUCAUAACACGUAAAGUGGAUGUUUAUUAUGUUGUGACAGCUGGAAGAGUUCUCUCCUCGCUAUAAGUGGAGUUUGAUCACAUAUGCGCUUAUGGCACCGAACUGUAAAAAGUGAAAGGGAUGAAUGAGAGGAGACCCUGAACAACUUAAUCGGGACAUUUCUAGUAGCUUCUUGUCGACUAGAUGAAACACAGAUCGAGUCUGUGACUGCAAAGGCAUGGAACCAUCACCCGCUAACACCCCAACCACCCCGAAACCUGCCCCUUCCUCCCCGCCACCCUCCUCUCUUUCCCCACCUACCCCUAAAUCUACCCCGGGCACUAGACCCACUGUGACCCUGCCUAAAUCGCCCCCGACCUCUCCGGUCUCACCUUCCAGACCUUUUUGUCCUGGCCCCCCUCUCUCUCCCCCCGCGUCCUCCCUCUCUAACCCUCCUGCCUCCCCCCUGCGGCAGCCAGUCAGACCUGUCUCCCAGGCGGGACGAUCCCAGCUCAAUGCAGCCAGCAGGGCUACGGAUGAGAGGAGGGGGGCUGGUGCUGCUGGAGAUACCCCGGGAAUGCACCCUACUACCCCUCUACGACAGGCUUCAAUAGCUGAGCCAGAGGAGCCAGAGGAGGAGCUGAGUGGGGAGGAGCUGGAGGAGAGCGCCAAGUCUGGAGACGCCAAAGCCCAGUCUAGGGUGGGCCGUUACUACUUGGCCCUGGCCGAGGAGCGAGAUGAGGAGCUGAACAACUGUACAGCGGUGAGCUGGCUGGUAGAGGCCACCAAACAGGGUCGCAAGGACGCCGUCAAGAUGCUACAGCACUGCCUAGCAACCAGGAAAGGCAUCACGUCUGAGAACUUUGAGGAGGUGAAGAAGCUGUGUACGGAGACGAGGUUUGAGAGAGGAGUGAGGAGGGCUGCCCUGGUCAUGUACUGGAAGCUCAACCCGGAGAAGAAGAGAAGGGUGGCGGUGUCUGAGCUGCUGGAGAACGUGGAACAUGUCAAUACAGAACCAGGUGACGCUGCCUCCCAGAGCCCCAUAUCCAGCUCCACGCAGAAACAGAGAAGAGUUCUGGAGAGUCUCGUCACCAGCAAAGUCAGUUGUUAUGACGUGGGUCUGGAUGACUUUGUAGAUAUCACUAAGAAGUACGCUCAGGGCAUCCCACCUAGUCCCACUAUGGCUGGGGCCGGAGGUGACGAUGACGAUGAUGACGACGUUGUGAAGAACCCAGAUGACUUGCCCCUUCAUCAGAAGGUGUUGAAGUUUCCCUUACACGCCCUGUUGGAGAUCAAGGAACACCUGAUAGACUGGGCAUCCCGGGCGGGCAUGCAGUGGCUCAGCGCCCUCAUCCCCACUCACCACGUCAAUGCCCUCGUCUUCUUCUUCAUCAUCAGCAACCUCACCAUCGACUUCUUCAUCUUCCUCAUCCCCCUACUCGUCUUUUACCUCUCCUUCUUCUCCAUGGUCAUCUGCACACUGCGCGUCUUCCAGAACUCCAAGGCGUGGGAGAACUUCCGGGCUCUGACAGACCUGCUGUCUCGCUUCGAGCCGGGCCUGGACCUGGAACAAGCUGAGACUAACUUUGUCUGGACCCACCUGGAGCCCUACCUCUACUUCCUGCUGUCGGUGGUCUUCGUGGUCUUCUCCUUCCCCGUGGCUGACAAGGCCUGGAUCCCCUGCUCCGAACUGGCCGCUGUGGCUCUGUUCUUCACCGUCACCUCAUUCCUCAGCCUCCAUGCCUCCGCUGAGCUCUUUGCCCGCCGCGCCUUGCUCACAGAGGUGUUAUCGGGGGUCUGUGCCCUUACCCAACUAUUACCGGAGAGCGUCUGGUUCCUGCGGGUGUUAGGCACAACGUUUGUGACGGUGCCGCUAGGGGAGAUGGUGGCUCUGAACGUGGGCGUGCCCUGUCUUCUCUACGGGCACCUGUUCUACCUGCUGUUCCGCAUGGCCCAGCUGAGGGGCUUCAGGGGCACUUACCUCUGCCUCGUACCCUACAUGGUCUGCUUCGUCUGGUGUGAGUUGUGCCUGGCCCUGCUCCACUCCUCCUCCACCAUAGGUCUGAUUCGGACCUGCGUGGGCUACCUCCUCUUCCUGUUCGCCCUGCCUGUUCUCACCUUGGGCUUGGCGGCCAUGUUGCUCUUCCAGGUCCUCCAGUGGUUCAUGGCUCUGGAGAUCACCAAGAUGCUGGUGACUCUGACCGUGUGCGCGGUCCCGGUGGUGUUGCGGUUGUGGACGCGGUUCAGCCUGAACCCGCUGGUGGUGGCGAGGUCUCUGUCGCGGAGCAGCAUAGUCAAGCUCAUCCUGGUGUGGUUGAGUGCUGUGGUGCUGUUCUGCUGGAUGUAUGUCUACCGCUCCGAGGGCAUGAAGGUGUAUAACUCCACCCUCACGUGGCCGGAGUACAGUAACCUGUGUGGGCCGAAAGCCUGGAAGGAAUACAACAUGGCCCAAACCCAGAUCCUGUGUUCUCACCUGGAGGGCCACCGGGUCACCUGGACAGGACGCUUCAAAUAUGUCCGCGUCACCGACAUUGAGAACGGAGCCCAGUCUGUCAUUGGCCUACUCCCUGUGUUUGUAGGGGACUGGAUGAGAUGUCUCUACGGUGAGGCCUAUCCACUCUGUGACAACCCCUCCACCCCCACUGCCCCUCCCCAGCCCCUACCCACACCCCAACCCCCCCCAGAAGACCCCUUAUGCAAACUGAAAAAGCUGGCGAAGCACGAGUGCCACGUGAAGCGCUUUGACCGCUACAAGUUCGAGGUGACCUUGGGCAUGCCCCUGGAGAGGAAGAGUAAGAACGGGACCGUCGUAGAGGACGAAGACGCCACCAAGGACAUCGUCCUGAGGGCCAGUAAUGAGUUUGGCCCCGUGCUGCUGCACCUGAGCGCUGGGAGCCUGGUAGAGUUCAGUACGGUUCUGGAGGGACGCCUGGGCUCUAAGUGGCCUGUGUUUGAGCUGAAGGCCAUUCACUGUCUGACGUGUGCAGACGCCCGCGUGCCCAGCGGCAGGCAGUAUAAGAUAGAACACGACUGGAGGCGCUCGGCCCAGGGGGCUCUGCAGUUUGGGUUCGACUUCUUCUUUAACCCCUUCCUCACUGCACAGCUGGAGCAGGACGCUGAGACACAGGUGAGGGGUAGUGGCGGAUGAGUGUAGCUGAAGAGCAAUGGAUCAAUAUAGAGAAGUGAAUAAGUGUACACUAUGUGGAGUCAAUAAGUGUACACUAGAAGACGUGAUUUCACUAAGGAUUGUAAGUAAUGCCUUAUGUCGACCACUGUUAGGAGUGGCUGAGUGUACACUAUGGGGAGGAAGUAAGUACACUGGGAGAACUGAAUGUACACAGUAGUUUUGUCAGUAAGACGUGCAUAAUGUCUACCUACAGUAAGGGCUCUAUUCAGUCAGCAUCGCUGAAGUUCAGCUUUCCGGCGUGAUUGAAAUUUCAGGCAAUGUUCCCGCUUUAGCGGAGACUGCAUUCACGGUAAACGCUGCAUAUGUCGGCUCAAUCGGAAAUUACCAUUAAAAUUCUAUUGCAGAAUCUGUAAUGAUUCAGAGUUGCAUAUUGAAUAGAGCCCAAAUCUAUGGUUCUGCAUGAUGUUUUCCACUUUACUGUAAUUCCAGUACUGGGAUUGAACUGCUUGUAGUGAUGUGACUGUGUUCUUUACACCCUACCGUAGUAAAGCCAGCAUAGACGCAUAGCAGUAUUGUGUGUAUUGUUAAACAAGGCGUAAGUGUUUGUUUGUAGUGUAUGAGUGUUUUCAUAGCUGCUGAGCCAAAAAGUGUGCGAGGAUAAUAUAAUGGAGAAUCUAAACUAAACCACUUAAUUACAAAGGAGGGAGACAGUUUACACCGACUUUACACUUUCAUACAUGCAACACACACAAAUACACACACGGCCUCAAACUCUUAAUUCAUGGACAAGUUUUUAGUCCGUCAACAUUUCAGAGGAAGUGUGUGGGAUAAUACCAAUCAACAAUGUGAUCACUAAGUUUAUUAACCUUUUGCAUGCUGUUCAACCAUAUAGGCCUACUGUUUGCACCCUUGCAUACUGUAGAUAAGGGGUCUCCAUUUACAUUCAGCUGUGGGCCGAUUUCUUGAGUGGAUGGUUGGGGGGUCGGAGCGUAGUUAUAAAUCAUUUGUAGACUGUAAAUUGACCACCAUUUAAAUUAAAUUGACCACAACGGUUUUUUUUUUUUACAAGACUUGUGUUCUUUUUACAAUUUGAGGCCUUAUUUCAGUUUAAUUAUUUAGUUACUACUGUAUUCUUAUUUAGUUACUACUGUAUUCUACAGUUAUUGAAUCUUUUUUUUUUUUUGCUAUCUUCGAACGUAAUUUUCAUCAUGUCGGAGAAACAAAUGGACUUAAACUGUUCCGGUUGUCUCCUUUCAAAUAUGAUGCUUUAAUCAUUAUUGUGUGUCUUUUUCAUACCCUUCUUGUUGUGACACCACACACCAUUAGUUCACAUUAGUAUCAAAGUGCACUUAUGUCUGCCUUGUUGUCCCUCACCCGCCUCUACCUCCUUCCCUCCCCCUGCUGUGCAGGGGUUUGGAUCUGCUCUGAUCCCACAGUUCCAGUCUGCAGGCCUCUAAUGAUGAUGUCACUGUUGUGAUGUCACUACUGUAACCCUCUACGCUACUGUGACUAAUAAACCAAUCAUGGAAA